AUGUCUCAAAGGGGUGCGUCGGAUUCCUCAAUCUCUGUAGACUAUUCUAAAGUUGCCGCUUUUUUAGAAGUAGAUGAAGCAAAAGUUCAAGAAUUAGAUGAGUCUAUGGUGACUGUCUUCUUUCUGAAGGCUAAUGAGUUUAGCAAAAUGAAAGCAGAUAAUAUGCGAUUAUCGAUUUCCAUUGAUGGAUUAAAGUGUAAUUUUGAGCAAAAGAUCAAUACGUUUAAGGAGCAAGUCGAAAAGCUACUAAGCGAUGUGGCAUCACGGCAGCAGGAAAAACAGCAGACGGAGGAUGAGAAGUUAAAACUAAUGAAUGAGAAGGCACAGUUAUCAAUGGAGGUGCUGAAGCUUCGUUCUCAGGUAGAGGAGGCAAAACAGGGGAUGGAGAUAAUUGCUUCAGCAAAGCAGGAUGUGACUAAACUACUGGAGGAGAAGAUAUCUGACCUGGCGGCGAGCAAAGAGGAGUCAGAUAGGCUUUUAGCUGCGAAUAAGGAGUUGCGAAAGUCCUCAAUAGAUUUAGAAUUUAUCAUCCAAGGAUACAAGUCACAGGAGUUGCGCGAGAAGUCGGAGAUACAAAGGUUACACCAGGAGUUAAAUUUGGUAAAGUCCAAUGCCGACUGGUUGAGCAAAGAACUGGAAUCGAAGAAUGAACAAUUGAAUAGCUUUCGUGAGAAGACGAAUUCGGAAUUACAAAAUGGUUACGAGCAAGUAAAUAGUUUAAAAAGCCAACUUGAAUUUGCCCGCGCGAAUAACUCGACACUUAAAGCUAAGACUGCUGAGUUAUCUAAUCAGCUGCAAGAGAAAUUAGUAGAGACUAAAAAAUUAGCUGAUGUGUUGAAUACAGAGAAGGAAGAGUUUACACGGGAGAUGUCUCUGAAACAACGGUUGAUUGAUCUUUUAGAGAGUCAAGUGUCUUCUAUGAAAUCAGAUUUGGAGAACGCGUAUCAAUCUGCGAAUCAAAAUGGGAUGUCUACGCCUGAAAAAGAUCAACUUCUGGAUGAGUUAAUUGAUACAAAAAAGAAUUUGGAAGCUACUCAGGCGGAAAAUAUUAAAUUAGAGGCAACUGUAAACGAACUACUCUCCGUCAAUGGCAAGAAUGGUGUCGCAGUCAUUAAUUCCAAUGUAUCAGAUACUUCUCUCGACAGUAAAAUUUCUACAGUGCCAAAAUUAUGCGGCGAUAUUGGUAUUUUGAAGAAGCAGCUUGUCCAGGAAAGACGUCAAAAAGAAGAACUCCAGAACCAGGUAGAAUCAUUCGUCGUUGAAUUGGAGCACAAGAUUCCAAUUUUAAAUUCCUUUAAAGAAAGAACAGAUAUGUUGGAAAGGGAAUUAAAUGACGUUACUCUAUUACUGGAAUCCACAGCAAAACAGAGGGAUCAGAAAACCAUAGAAUUGAAUCAGUAUAAGAACAAAAUUAAUAAUUAUGAAUCCCAAGUUUGUUCACUCAUCGUGCAACGCUCCGACUUAGCCCAUCAAGUACAAUAUCUGCUAAUGCAACUAUCUGUACGUGAUGACGCACAUGGACCAUUGACCGAGCAAGAAGUUGAAUUCGUUAAACGGAUUAUAUCCUCUGAAGAUGAGGCACCAAAGUCGGAUACGCAGGGAAUUAUCUCAGAACGAUUAGUACAAUUCAAAUCAGUGAUUGAACUGCAAUCCAAAAACGCCGAACUCCUCAAUACCAUUAGGCAACUUGCUGAUAAACUUGAAGAUGAAGAAAAAAAAUCAAGAUUCAGACUGAAAUCUGUGGAGACCCAAACAGUUAAAGAAGCAAAGGAGGCUAUCUUAUCACUUCAGGAACAUGUUCAAAGAUUAGAAGAUCAAUUGAAAAUUGUAUCAAAAGAACGGGAUGCUUUCAAAUUAGCAAAUUCCGCAAAUAAGCAAGGUGAUUCUGCUCCCUCCUCAACAUAUCAAUCAAAAAAGCUGGAUGAGCACAUUAUGGAAUUGGAAAAACGGUUAAAAAAUCUGGCGGAACAGUCCCAGGAUAACAUCAAACUUUUAAACGAUGAGAUAAAAGCUCUCUACAAGGCUAAGUCUGAAGUUACUGUGAUAUUAGAGCAAGAGAGAUCCUCAAAAGUUCUGGCUGAGGAAAGGUUGAAAUUGAUACAAUCGACUUUAUCCUUGACCAAAGAGGAGAAUUUAGAGCUGCACAAACGAUCAGAUGAUUUACAACGCGUGUUAUUAAAACAGGAUGAAAAAACUCAAUCUACAAUAGACGAAAUAAUUGCCACAAAGUCUCAACUAUCUAACUUGACCUCCAAACUAGCAAUUUUGACAUCUGAAAGAGACUUCCUUCGCAAGAUUGAAGCUGAAUUAAAGAAUGAAAAUGAAGCUUUAACUAAGGAAAAUACUACAUCAAAGAUUCUUGUUUCGCAGCUGCAAACGCUACAGCGUGAGCGCGAUAUCUUGCUUGAGGAAGCUCAAACGAACUAUAGAAAAAACAUAGAGAAAUUGGAGAGCGAUUUACACGAAACCAGGGAACAUUUGGUAAGAAGGACUAGGGAGUAUGAAGAACAAAGGGUAUCUGAUACUUCCCAGUAUAAGUGGUUUCAGGCCAAGGUAGACUCUCUAAACGAGCAAUUGGAUAACGCCCGCAAGACUUUACAAGAAAAGACAAAUUCUAUUGAAACUCUGCAGCUACAUGCCAAAUCUUUGACUGCAAAGUUAGAGGAAGCAGAAUUAAGGACACAAUCUUAUAGUGUGUUGGCAAAUGCAGAUGAUAUCACAGAUAAGAUUGAAACACUGAGGAAAAAUCUUGAGAAGGCUAAUAUUAAUUUGGCUGAUGCUUAUUCCCAAAUCGAACAAUAUAAAUCAAUGGCGAAGGUCUCAGAGCAGUCUGCGGUUGAAAUAUCUAAAGCUUUAGAAGAAUCACAAGCAAAUUAUAGGAAAAAUAUUGCUCUAUUGGAGCAAGAAAGAAAAUCCUUAACUGAUCAGAUAGCCUUAUUAAAUGACCAGAUCAAAGACCUCAAUAGUGAGCUGGAUCAUCAGAAAUCCCAAAACCAAUCCGAAAAGUCGGAAUUAAUCAAGAAAUUAAGUAUCUUGCAAGGGAGUCAAAGAAGUUUGGACGAACUCAAAUCAGAAUAUGAAGAAAAAAUUUCGAAGUUACAAGAGGAUUUAACUCAACAAGCUUCAUAUGCGAACCAAGCUCAAAAGAACUACGAACAGGAAUUACAAAAGCAUGCUGACGUCACAAAAACAAUUAGUUUGCUCAGAGAGGAAUCCCAGAAAUAUAAAUCUGAGAUGGAAGGAUUCAAGAGAUCAGCGAGCGAGGCGAAAUCUGCUUUGGAGCGGAAUGAGCAAAGUUGGUGCCAGCAAGUGGCUGAUUUAGAAUCUCAAUUAAGUUUAGCACAACAGCGUACUGAAGAGUUGAAUACACAAAAUAGGUUAUUGUAUGAUCAGGUUGAGCUUCUUUCAAAAGCUACAUCUUCAGAUUCAGAAGCUGCAGCAAGUAUGUCUGCCGAAUCAAGAGAGUUGAUUAUGACUCUACGCAGAGAGAGAGACAUUUUAGAAACUAAGCUUGAUGUUUCUAUUAGGGAAGAGAAGAUACUACGCCAGAGGUUGGGGCUGGCAAAAACAGAAUUGGAAAAUGUUAGGUUAGAGUUCUCAAAGACGCAAGCCACAGCUCCAGACAGCAUAUUUGCACGGGAAAGCCAAGAACAAAUCAUGGAAAAAUUAAACCAGUUGAAUUUGUUGCGUGAAAGUAAUGUUACCUUGCGUAAUGAAUCUAAAAAAUACCUCGAGCAGAGUCAGCAUUUCCAGAAUGAGAUAGCAAAGCUUCAAGAGCAGUUACAGCCUCUAGAAUCUCAACUCAAGUCUUUGACUAUAACUAUCAGCGAACGAGAUCAACAAAUAAGCUUACUCAAAGAAGAAAGUAGUCGUUGGAAGCAGCGUUCUCAAGAUAUUUUGCAUAAGUACGAACGUAUUGAUCCUGUUGAGCAUCAGAAGCUGGCUGAUGAAGUUACUGAAUUGAAAAAUGAACUUGAAAAGAAAUCUUUAGAGAAUCUGGAAUCACAGGAGAGGUUUAGAAAGCUCAGAAAGCAGGCUAAUGAGAGGCUGGAUGAAUUUAAAGCUGCGAAGGCUAAAGUCGAAUCCGAGUUUGAGGCUGUAUCUAUAGCAAAAGCACAAUUAGAGGCCGAAUUAGCUCAAACAUUGGAUAAGGUUUCUGAGUUAGAAUCGAAGCUUUCUUCCUCAGCUAAUGAAAAGAACGGAGAGGCAGAUAGUCUAAAGGAGGAACUGGAGGAAUUAAGGGCAAAUUUUAUUGAAGCCAAUGAAGCUGUUGCUGAUAUAAAGGCUGAAGCGGCAUCUUCUGAGAAAGAUCUAAAGAACCAAAUACAAGAAUUGACCGAGAAGAUUAAGACUCUAGAAUCAGAAAUUGAGCAUUCUGAACUGGAAGCUAAGAACUCAAACGAUUCUCCAGAUUUUGCUCCUAUAGUUGAAAAUAUGAAGAAAAAGUUUGAGGAAGAAAAGCAAGUGUUAAUUCAAGAAAAGGAUGAAGAGCUAAGAAUGAAGCUUGAGGAGAUACAAAAGCAGUAUGAGGAAGAGAGGGAGAGGGAGCUCAGUGAAUUGAAAGCUUCUCUAGUGGAGUCGACUCCAAAUGCACCUUUAAUAGAUGAGGAGACUUUGAAGAGUAAGCUGGAAGCAGAGUACGAAAAGAAGACCUUAGAAAGAAUUCGCGAAGCGGAAGAAGCUCUAAAGAAACGUAUUAGGCUACCGUCUGAAGAGAGAAUUAACCAAGUUAUUGAGAGGAGACAAAGGGCAUUAGACCAAGAGUUCGAACUUAGAGUACGAGCCCGUGCUCUUGAACUGUUUAAAGAAAAUCCUGAGUCAUUUGUCGGAGAUACUGCAAAACUGAUCAAGGAACACCAGGAAGAAAUGGACAAACUGGAAGCGAAGUUUGAUGAACAAUUGGCGUUGGUCAGAAAGAAAGCAUUUGAAGAGGGGAAACAGCAGCUCGUAAUGAAGGUCAAGCUGCUGGAAAGUAAGAUAGCCAAAUUAGAAGGCCAGCCAAAUAAAAUUAACCUGAAUAAUUCUGUUCCAUCAAAAAUUCCUAUUGACAAUAAUAACAACUCAUCACCGCAGGGAGCGCAACCUAUAGCGAUCAAACCUUCUCCAUUCCAAGUUGCUUUUGGGAAAGCAAUGGAAAAUACUUCCUUUGGUUCAUUCAAGGGUUCGUUGUUAGAUUCUAAACAGUUUAUAGCUAACACAGCUGACACAUCAACAUCAACAUUGACAGGCAACGUUGGUACUAAUACCAACAAGCGCCAAUCUGAAGACGAAUUGGCCCAAUCACCUGAAAAACGCCCAAAGGAUGACUAA